AUGGCUCUUAUAAUUCCUGGUGUUAAAUGUGCUAGAAGGAGACGGAUCCAUCAAAGCGGAGGGUCAUCUGAUUCACCAAGCCAGACAGCACUUGGCUUCACAAGAAAAUCGUACUUUUGUUUGUAUACAAGCAAUAAUGGAACUCAUCAGAGCUUUGUUUCUUCACAGCAAAGGAGCAUGUUCAUUCGGGCCUCUGAAGAUGAGAAGCUAGGAGGGGUAGCAGGAGAAGCUAAGGAAAGAUUAGAUGAGAGGCUGAGAUCACAUGCCAAAUCAGAACCCAAAAGGCAAAAUAGCAAAGAAAGUUUGAAGUGCUUGGAUGGGAAAUGUUUGAUUCAAACGGAGUUGCAUGCAGAAAUGCUUGGGCCAAAGAAGAGUGGUCAGAAGUGGUUCAGUUGGGCCAACUUGAGUUCGAAGGCCUCGGAUCAGGAGGAGUGCGCCAUUUGUCCAGAACGGUUCAAGGCUUCGUUCCCCAUGAGCGCAUCGGUUUCAUUCAAGGGGCCUGCCUGCUGCCAUGGCUAG